AUGCGUUUCUCGGUCAUGCUUUCUUAUUUCGUGGCGCUCGCCGCUGCCUCUCCGGCUCCUGUGACCCCUAGUAAAUCCAACCUUGUGGCUCGCGACUGCAGUUGGGACGGUACCGGCUUGGACUGCGGUACAAUUAUCGCCGACUUUCUUUUGACGGCCGAGACCGAUGGAAUAACUCUCCCUUGGCUCAUUUCGCAACUUCCCGAGGUCUCCCCUGGGUGUGUUGUCUCGGCCAUCGGUGGUGCGAGCGCAUGUGGAGAUUGCAUUGACCUGUGGUAG